GGUUCAUUGGUGGACUUGGUAUCUGUGUGAGCUUGUUGCCAAAAACAGAGAACGGUUACGGAACAAUUUCGUCAGUAAGUUGGAGGUGGUAGGGCCACUUCACGUUGUUCUCAAGGCAUGGCUUCAUAUAUAUAAAACAUCGUUUGGCUGAAAGAACUUGCGAUUCUACAAGUGCAGCAUCAAUCUUAGGGUGUGUGAAAUUAGGCGUAAUUUCAAAGAAAAAUGUCUCUUGUUGCGGAAUUGGCUGGUUUCCUCCAAGUCUUUUCUGAUGGGUCAGUGAAACGCUUUGCACCAGAAAUAGCCCCUGCUUCAAUGGAAUCUAAAGGAUACAAGUUCAAGGAUGUAGUUAUUGACGAGAACAAGCCAAUAACAGGAAGACUAUUCCUUCCUGAAUCUUCUGCGAGAAAGCUUCCAGUUAUGGUUUAUUUUCAUGGUGGUGGAUUUUGCUUUGGCUCAACUACAUGGCUUGGGUUCCAUCAGUUUCUUGCAGAUUUCUCAAUCACCUCCAAAGUCAUUGUACUGUCUAUUGACUACCGUCUCGCACCGGAGAAUCGCCUUCCAAUAGCUUAUGAUGAUGGCUACAGCUCACUUGAAUGGUUGAGUCAUCAAGCGAGUGUUGAACCUUGGCUUAAGUUUGCAAAUCUUUCACUUGUUUUUCUGUCUGGAGACAGUGCUGGAGGGAACAUUGCGCACCAUGUUGCUGUCCGAGCAACGAGGAACAAAGUUCCGCGAGUUAAAAUCAAAGGCUUGCUGCUGAUACAUCCUUAUUUUGGGAGUGAGAGAAGGACCGAGAAAGAAAUGGAUAAUCCAGCAGACAAGGAGGUGAUUCAGAAUGAUAUGUUCUGGAGGCUAAGCAUUCCAGAAGGGUCAAAUCUGGAUUACUUCGGAUGUAAUUUUGAGAUACAAGAUCUGUCUCCAAAAGAAUGGAGUCUGUUUCCAGCAACAAUGGUUAAUGUGGCUAGGCAGGACUGCUUGAAUGAAAGAGGAGAAAUGUAUGCAGAGUUUUUAUUAACACAAGGGGUGAAGAGAGUAGAUCUGGUGGAAGCCGAGGAAGAAUCUCAUGCGUUCCAUGUUCUUCACCCUGAAUCUCGUGCAACUUACUUGCUCCAACAGCAGAUGUUCGUGUUCAUCCACUCAGAAUGCAUACAAGCAUUUUAACAAAUGCCCACCAAUGCCAUACAACCUAUGUGACUGCUGAUCUGAGGGAAGAAUAUCAUGAAAUUGUCUUAUUAUGAUAAUUCGGUAUCCGCACUACAGUGAAAACUGACAAGGCUAUUACUUGUUAGUCAUUAUGUGGAAAAUAAAUAAAAUUAUAAAACUUUUUUUAAUAAUUG